GGUGAAUUGAUAUUAGUCGUAUAUGUGGUCUUAUCUGUCGAUGGUUUGUCAUAUUAUCAAAGGGGGGAUUCAAUCAUAUCUACUUUGUGCUGAGCUACAAGAGAAGAUAGGGGAGGAUUGGACAUUGGACAACGAACAAGCAAGUGAAAGAACCCUCAACUGUAAGAACACAACUGCUCUAGUUCUCUGCUACUUAUUUCCUUAUCUAUUCUCGGGCUCUUUCACAAUAAAAUUCCCUUAUCUUAUUUCAACCCUUAUCUAAUUUACAUUUCAAUAUAUACAGCCCCCCACACGCAUUUAAGUAAAGACACAAAAUAAAGACACUAUCGACAUAACGCGACGACUACUGUAAUAAGAAAAUACUUUCAUUCUACAGUUUUUCUACUUCUUGAAGAAAUUCUUCAAGAUUAAUUAUCACAAGAUUUCUACCUUUUGAUUGAGACUGAUAAUUUCACACUAAAUCACUCUUUGAAGAUUAUUUACUGCUUUUUCUUCUAUUAAAUGUUACCUGUGCUGUGCGUUACUCACUGAUUUACACAGUUUCACAUUAUCGACAAAUUCUCACAAAAAAAUCUUCUUUUUUAUCAAAAAUUUUUUUAUCAUAUGAAAUUACGAAGGAAAUUGUUCAGUACGGGAAAAAUUGGAAAUUAAAAAAGAAAGUUAAAAAAAAGUUCUCUAUUUUGAUUUAAAUUUGUUUAACCAUUCUGACGAUUCUGUGGUUAAGAAUGAUGGAAACGGCAGUUCUAGAUUUGUCGACAACUCAGAAGGAUUUUAUCACUUCCGAAAUGGACGAAUUAGAGACCACUUUUUGCCCAUCGUGUGCCUCUGAACUGAUAACUGAAAGUGAGGUCUCAAAUGGCCGAUGUUCCCACUGUUCCGAAACAGGCGAAGGAUCUUCCUCAAAUGCCGAGAACACUUCACCAGUCGACUUAUCAAUCCGAUCAUCGUCGUCUUCGGCGUCCACAACGACAGCAAAAGUAACAUCAACGACAACAAUCACAUGUGAUGCAGGCCAAAUAACGACUCCAAACGGGUCAAAUUCUGGCUUAGAGCUGCCUGAAAAUCUUCUUCCCAGUCUGGCCGACGUUGCAGCGUCUUCGUCUAUAGCAUACAAUGUUUUAGUGCAGCGACUUCUACUCGCGUCGGCCGUUGCAGCACAAGGAAAAGCUGCGGCUGGGAAAAAAUUCCACUGUUCUAAUUGCGCGGCCGCGUUCAACAGCAAAGACACUCUUGAGGGUCAUUUGAGGUCAUAUUGUCGAGUAAGACCAAUCAAGCUCAGCCCGCCUUCCUCAGCUGAAAACCGAACACUCUCGACAUCCGAUAACAAACCCGAGUCGUCUCAAAACCGAGAAGUGAACAAUUUGAGUAAAAAGUUCAAAUGCGAAGCUUGCGGGGUAAUGUUUAGAGAACUCGGUACUUUGAAGACCCACCAACAGAUAUACUGCUCAGCAGAAAAAAGAAGAAGUAGCCCGAAGAGUUUCGAUUCGGCUAUCAUUACAUCAUCAUCUUCAGCAAGUGCGAAUGGUUUACUAAAAUCCGAACAGGAAUUGCACAGUUUUGGCAGUGAAGAACCGACUUUUGCAUCAAUGAACGCGUUGCAAAAUUUACUCUUAGAUAACAGACGAGCCCAGAAGCUGACUUCGCCUCUCGGCAACAUGGCGUUGCCUCUUCGUAAACGAAGAUCGCCGAACUCUGAUUCAGACCCAGACCUGAAACCGUUCGCCAAAUUCCAAUGUCAUAGUUGCAACAUCAAAUUCAACGAGGAGAAAAAUUUACGGGGACACGAGAAAUUUUACUGUCCUGUUCGAAAACUUGUUCGGAAGCAUCUGACAACUUCGUCCUCUUCGGAAGAAAACGAAUCAGCCGAACAGAGAUCAAAGAGUCUGUCACCGAAACUAGUUCACACAUCAACGACUAGCCCCGACCUUCCGAGCACUUCUGCAAAUCAAUUCGAGUCUCCCGACUUUCAAUUUUGCAAGCUUUGUGAUUCAUCAAUAAUCGAGGAUUUAUCAAGUCAUUUGGAAAGUUUUCACAAAAUCAGUAACGCCCAAAUGCUGGACCACGUUUUCAGUGUGUGCAAAAACACAGAUUGCCCGACCCCACAACCUUGCAGAAAACUGAAAAACUCUGCCGACUAAUUUUAUGAUGACAAAUACAACUAGUAGUAUGAAAUAUAAAAAUCAGUUCUA